AUGGGUAUCCUUCAAACUCUCUUUAAAGCAGAGGACGAUAUACAAGGAUCAAAAGUCCGCGCAAUUUUCAUCGCAGCUUUCGUCGCAUUCGGAGGUAUCCUUUACGGCUUUGAUACCGGAACAAUUUCGGGUGUCCUGGCCAUGGAUUAUGUUAAACAAACUUUCACUAAAACGGGAAAAUUUACCUCAGGUGAAACCUCCCUGAUUACUUCCAUUUUGUCAGCAGGUACCUUUUGCGGUUCUCUUUUUGCUCCGUUGGUGUCUGAUACUUUGGGUAGAAGGUUGGGUUUGUUGGUUGCCUGUGCUAUUUUUACUCUUGGUGUUAUUUUGCAAACUGCUUCAACAACACAACCGUUGCUUAUUGUUGGAAGAGUAUUCGCUGGUGGAGGAGUCGGUGUUUUGUCUGCUAUCGUUCCGCUAUAUCAAUCAGAAGCAGCUCCAAAAUGGAUCAGAGGUGCUGUUGUAUCUUGUUACCAAUGGGCAAUCACCAUUGGUCUUCUGCUUGCUGCGUGUGUUAAUCAAGGUGUGAAAGACAGACAUGACAGUGCAACGUGGCGUAUUCCUUUUGCCAUACAGCUCCUGUGGAUGCUUAUUAUGGCUAUAGGUAUGAUUAUCCUUCCAGAAACGCCAAGAUUUUACGUUAUGAAAGAAAAAAAUGAGAAGGCCGCAAAAUCCCUUUCCCGACUAAGAGGUUUACCAGUCGAUCAUCCUAUCAUUGAAAAAGAGCUCGAGGAAAUUAUUGCAAACUUCAACUACGAAAAAUCUUUGGGUUCAACAACUAUUUUGGACUGUUUCAAAACUGCAAACCAUCAACUCAAGCGUAUGCUGAUUGGUAUUGUCAUACAGGCCCUCCAGCAACUGACGGGUAUCAACUUCAUUUUCUAUUACGGCGUUCAAUUUUUUCAAACCUCUGGCAUCGACAAUCCUUUUGUAAUUCAAUUAGUCAUGAACAUUGUUAAUGUCAUAAUGACCAUUCCAGGAAUUGCGCUAGUCGAGCUGGCUGGAAGAAGAAAUCUUUUAUUGUGGGGAGCGAUUGGAAUGUCUGCUAGUGAAUUUAUUGUUGCCAUCGUUGGUACAGCUUUGCCUAACAGCACUACUGCAAAUAAGACUUUAAUUGCCUUCACUUGCACCUUCAUUGCAUCCUUUGCUGCAACAUGGGGGCCUCUUGCAUGGGUCGUGGUGGGUGAAAUCUAUCCUUUGAGAGUUAGAGGAAAAUCUGUUGCUAUCUGUGCGGCAUCUAACUGGCUUUUCAACUUUGCAAUCGCGUAUGCAACACCUUAUUUGGUUGACAGUGGUAAAGGAAAUGCCAAUCUGCAAUCCAAAGUUUUUUUCAUAUGGGGAGCUUGCACUUUCCUUUGUAUCCUGUUCGUUUAUUUCUUCGUUUACGAAACGAAAGGACUUACUCUUGAACAAAUUGAUGAGCUUUUUGAUACUGUUCCCAGCGCGCGCGCUUCAAAAGGAUUCGUACCAUCAGUGGGCGGAUUUGCUCACGCCGAAAAUUACGAUCACGAAUCUCCAGAGGCAGAAAAAGCGGUUGUGACACAAGUGGAAAAGGUAUAA